GAUAUGCUUAACUCUUCCUCUCAUCAUCGUACUUUCCACCUUCCUCUCCCAACGUGGGUCCCACCAAUACCGUUUACAUUCUAAAACGGAUCUUCAGCUUCAAGUUAACCUCCCAAUCCCAUUCUCUCUCUAGGUUCCGAUUAACUGAAUUACUCUCCCAUAAUACAUAUUCUCCUUCACUCUACACCAUGGAGGCCGGCGGUGGCUCGGUGGCUUGCGCCGCGUGGAUCAGGCGGCCGGAAAACCUCAAUCUGGUGAUUAUUUGCAGGUCGGGCCGCCGCAAUUCUUCUCCGGCCGUGCUCGAGAUCUUCUCCUUCGACCCCAUGGCCACUUCCCUCUCCUCCUCUCCCCUGGCUACAUAUGUGCUUGAAGAAGGCGAUCCUAUGGCGGUUGCGGUGCACCCUAGUGGUGACGAAUUAGUGUGCUCUACCACCACCGGUGACUGCAAAUUGUUUGAGUUGUAUGCUCAGGAGGGAAACAUAAAACUGUUGGCCAAAAAGCUAAAUGCUCUCGAAGGUGUGGGUCCACAGAAAUGCCUAGCUUUUAGUGUUGAGGGAUCUAGAUUUGCCACUGGUGGGGUGGAUGGGCAUCUUCGAAUCUUAGAGUGGCCGAGCAUGCAAAUCAUUUUAGAUGAACCAAGAGCCCACAAUUCCUUCCGAGAUAUGGAUUUUAGCCUCGACACAGAGUUCUUAGCUUCCACAUCUACAGAUGGUUCUGCAAGAAUAUGGAAGAUAAAUGAUGGUGUUCCUUUGACUACUUUGACUCGCAACUCGGAUGAGAAGAUUGAACUGUGUCGGUUUUCUAAGGAUGGGACAAAACCAUUCUUGUUUUGCACUGUUCAAAGAGGUGAUAAAGCAGUGACAGCGGUUUGGGAUAUAAGUACGUGGAAUAAAAUUGGACAUAAAAGACUCCUCAAAAAGCCUGCUUCUGUAAUGUCUAUGAGUCUGGAUGGGAAAUAUCUUGCACUAGGGAGCAAAGAUGGAGAUGUAUGUGUGGUUGAAGUAAAGAAAAUGGAAAUCUGUCACUGGAGUAAGAGGCUUCACCUGGGCACAUGCAUUGCAGCACUAGAGUUUUGUCCUCGUGAAAGGGUUGUUCUUACUACUUCUGUGGAGUGGGGAGCUGUGGUGACCAAGCUACAUGUUGCUGCUGAUUGGAAAGAGUGGCAGAUCUAUAUGCUGCUUCUGGGACUUUUCCUGGCCUCAGCUGUUGCAUUUUACAUAUUCUUCGAGAACUCCGACUCAUUUUGGAACUUCCCCCUUGGGAGAAACCAACCGGCAAAACCUUUCACCGAAUCCAUUUUAGGAGAUCCACAGUCCUCCGAUGAUCAAAAUAUGUGGGGAGCAUUUGGACCAUUGGACAUGUGAGCAGUUCGUUAGAUGGAUUUAUCAGAAGCUGUGGGAGGUAUGAGUAUGGCCUUCCAAAAAUUUAGACCAUCCCUCUAAGCUUCUACAGCUUUAAUAUCUAACUUUUGGAGUACUCUUUUUAGGACAACUUGGCAAAGUCAGGCACUGUUGUGGUUGCUUGGUUUAUUUUUCGAAUUAUUACGGCCACAAAAUAUGGGAAAAAUAGCUUCUUCUUUUUUUUUUUUCA